UUCAAAUCUUCCUCACUCUCUCGCUUCUCAGUCUCAAUUGAACUAAAAACAGCAGCUAUGGCGGAUUCACUGACAGAAGAACAAGUUGCUGAGUUCCAGGAGGCCUUUUGUAUGAUUGACAAAGACUCGGAUGGUUUUAUAACGACGGAAGAACUUGCCACAGUGAUCCAAUCACUGGAAGGACAUCCUACAAAGCAAGAGGUUCAAGAGAUGAUUAAUGAAGUUGAUUUUGAUAGAAAUGGGAACAUAGAUAUCGAAGAGUUCUUGAAUAUCAUGGGAAGAAAGAUGAAGGAUACUGUUGCAGAAGAGCUAAAAGAAGCUUUUAAAGUAUUUGACAGAGAUGAAGACGGAUAUAUAUCAGCUAAUGAGUUGAGAAAUGUGAUGAUGAAUUUGGGGGAGAGAUUAACGGUUGAAGAAGCUGAACAGAUGAUAAGAGAGGCCGAUUUAGAUGGUGAUGGUCUCGUCAGCUACGAGGAAUUUUCAAGGAUGAUGAUGGCAUUCUGAUUGCGGUAACUGCAUAAUAAUAUUAUUACAGAAGAAUUAUUCUUAAUAUUGAAUUGUUCUAUACAUGAAAUAGUUAGGGUUAGGUGCAAAUUAAUUACAAAAAAUGGCUGUAUGAUUCUGCCAAUCAUCAAUAUGAUGACUUUUUCAAUUACAUGCAUGAUUUUGUUUUUUCAAAAAAUCAAUGACUAUUGUCAAAUAAUAACCAGUUCAAUUAUUCUA